AUGUUGGGGACCUAUCGCGCUCCCGCUCUCGAUAGUGGAUCAACACGGUACUCAGUAGUAGCUAUGGAAACGACCUCAGUAGAGAAAAAUCAAUGGACUUUUUCUUCUCUUCGGUAUGAACACUACCCCAGAUAUUCCAAUGACCCCCCUUUCCAAUGGACGAAGCAACCACAACCUUCCAUCACACCAUCGGUACCGGAGGACCAUCAUCGCUGGCAUGUCAAAAUCAAUAGCGGACCCCGGUACUCAGAGCGUGCAUCAACGGAAGCGGCGUUCACUCCCUCAGCUCACCUCGAGUUGAUCAGGAGUUCAAGUCACAAGACCCAAGCAUUGCGGAGACCGCCUCCAGAGCGAUGUCUCAAGCUCGCGCCGGCGGAACUCUGUAAGAAACAAAUCCAGGGGCCCAUAUUGCCGUCAAGGGGGGGCAAACACAUAUCUAGCAGAAACGUGGAUCACAACGAGUUCGAAACGAGUCGACGGGACUAUUGUUAG